CUCUCUCUCUCUCUCUCUCUCUCUCUCUCAUUGACCUUCCAGUCGACUGUAACCUCAUUCUACACCAAAAAAGGAUCUGAAGUUGCUGAACAAGAAUAUCAGCGAAGGAAUUUAGAGAGAAAUGAAAGGCAGUGGGGUUAUCGUCGAAGAUGGAUUCGUAUACGAAAAGGAAACCCAUCUCACCGUCAUGAAAACGUCCCUUUUCUUCGCCGGCGAUGGCUUCACCGUUUACGACACCAACGGUCAAAUCGUCUUCCGAGUCGAUUCGUACGGUCCAGACACUUACGACGCCGGCGAACUCGUCCUCAUGGAUCCCUCCGGCCGUUGCSUCCUCACCGUCCGCCGCAAGCGGCCGAGUUUACAUCAACGAUGGGAAGGGUUUCUCGGUGAACGGAUCGAAGGUGAGAAUUCGAAGCCGAUAUUCAGUGUGAGAAGAUCGUCGAUCAUAGGGCGGUCGAACAUGACGGUAGAGCUGUUUGGUGAUCGGACGGAGGAGUAUCUCAUCGAAGGCUGUUUCGGUUCCCGGAACUGCACGAUAUACGAUUCCGGGAAGGAAAGAAUGGCGGAGAUACGACGGAAAGUGGAUGCGACAACGAAUGUGAUGCUUGGGAAGGACGUGUUCUCGUUGAUAUUGAAGGCAGGGUUCGAUGGUGCAUUCGCCAUGGGAUUGGUUUUGGUUCUUGAUCAGAUUAAUGGAGAUGAUGAAGAAGACCCUGCAACAGAAGAAGAUUGCAAUUUGUCUUCUUGAGAUUUUAUUUUAUAUAU